GGAAUGGCGCGCGCCCCACGUGACCGUGGGCGGUGUGUCACGGCGGGGCGGGGCGGCCCGCACGUGACCGGCGGGGCGGGCACAUGAGCGGCUGGCGGUGAUGGCGGAGCUGGCGGCCGAGACGGGGCCCGAGCCGGGCCCGGGGCGCGAUCUGGUGGCGGAGCUGCGGGGCCGCGACGGGCGGACGCGGACGGUGCGGGUGCCGUACCCGGCGGCGGCGGAGGGCGAGGCCGCCCAGCUGCGCGGGCUGCGGGCGGCCCUGAGCGAGCUGCAGGAGCGGGUGGUGGAGCUGCUGGCGCCGCUGGUGCAGGAGGAGCGGGCGGCUGCGGGCGGCGCGCGGCGCGGUGCUGGCGGGGAUGACGGCGACGACGACUACGAUGACGAGGAGGAGGAUGAAGGCGAAGACGAAAACAACGUGGACGCGGCGGCGAGCGGCGAUGACCCUCCCGUGAAGCGGACGAAGGUGCAGCAGCCGUGAGGGCGGCGCUGGAGGCCGGGCCUGUGCCCGGACAGGCUCUACCGACUGUACCGACUGUAAGUGUCCCGGGCCCGCUGCACGGAGCCGCUCCCGUGGCGCUGCUCCUCCCGUUUAAAUGCGAAAUGUCCAUCCCGACACUGCUUUAAUAC